AUGAGUCUGUCUGGUACCUCGCCGGCAUUGUCUCGCAAGCGGAAAUCCUUCGGCCUGCCGAACCGGAUUAUUCGCAAUUUCCAGAAGGAUUGUCGAAGCUUGCAUAUGGCCGGUAGCUUUCAUCGUCAGUCGUCAGUAGUUGGCGAGGGCGGAAAAAGUCACGAGAUUCUCGUCGGGUGUCCGCUCGACGCUGCUGCUUUGCUUUGCAUCGCACACUCGAGACUAGGAGCAAUUUUGGGGAUGGGCGAACGAAGCGGCGGGGUGUGCGACGUGGACAAGGACGCGAUGAAACAGCGUCGAGAGGGCGGGAGGCAGGUCGUUGUGAGACGGGCAAGACGGUUGUGUUGCACGACGAUGCAGGCUGCUGUUGUUGUCGGCGGUCGCUGCGGGGCGCGGUUCCCAGACCGGCGGACGGUGGACUGCUCCCUCCCUCUGUGCAGAUCAUGGGCGUGUCUCACUUUCGAACGGGGCAGUUGA